GUAUAAAUGUGACCAAUCAAAUCGCGUAUUUAUUAUUUAUACGUCCAUCAAAUACCAAGAAAUAUACCAUUUUAAGAAAAUGAUAAAAAUAAACUAAUUCAUUUUUGUCUAUUUUCCAAUAAACAACUAAUUUGAUUAAAUUUAAAACAUGUUACGAACAACUUAUGCAACAAAUUUAAAAUCAUUCGGUUUCUUUCAUUUUCAUACAGUAUGUGUACGAUGUACCGAAAAAAUUCAUAAAACAUUCUCUGAAAAACUUGAAGAUGGUCCGCAAUUUGAGGAUUUCAUUAGCAAUAAUUAUACAGAGUAUAAAGGAAAAUUAAAAUUGGAGAAAGGAGACAGCAGAUUAAAAUUACCUCCAUGGCUUAAAACUGAAAUACCUAUGGGUAAAAAUUACAGUAAAAUAAAAUCUCAAUUAAGGCAACUACGUUUAAGUACAGUCUGUGAAGAAGCUCGUUGCCCUAAUAUUGGAGAAUGUUGGGGUGGAGGAAGCCAUGGUACUGCAACUGCUACUAUUAUGUUAAUGGGAGAUACUUGUACUCGUGGCUGUCGAUUUUGUUCUGUCAAAACAUCUCGUACGCCACCGCCAUUAAAUCCUGAAGAACCAGUUAAUACAGCAACUGCAAUAACAGAUUGGGGUUUAGAUUAUGUUGUUCUUACAUCUGUUGAUAGAGAUGACUUAAGCGAUGGUGGAGCAGAACAUAUAGCAAUGACAGUAAAAGAAAUUAAAAGAAGAAGUGAUAUUUUUGUUGAAUGUUUAGUACCAGAUUUUAAAGGAAACAGAAGUAGUAUUGCAACUAUUGUUGCUUCCAAUCUUGAUGUAUUUGCUCAUAAUAUUGAAACUGUGGAGAGAUUAACACCAUUUGUGAGAGAUAGGCGAGCUAAUUAUAAUCAGUCCUUGGAUGUCUUAAGAAUAGCUAAAGAAUGUAAUGAAAAUUUAAUUACAAAAUCAUCAAUCAUGCUUGGAUUGGGUGAAACUGACAAUGAAGUAGAACAAACAAUGAGAGAUUUAAGAAAUGCUGGAGUAGACGCUUUAACAUUAGGGCAGUACAUGCAGCCCACAAAAAGACAUUUAAAAGUAAUAGAAUACGUUACACCCAGCAAAUUUAAAUUAUGGGAAAAUAUGGGAAAACAAUUAGGAUUUCUUUAUACUGCAAGUGGUCCAUUAGUACGAUCUUCAUACAAAGCUGGCGAAUUCUUUUUAACAAAUAUUUUAAAAGAUCGUCAUCAUCAAGAAACCAAAACACCCUCUGAACUAUAA